AUGACUAUUAUUUCUCCAUCCGUUUUGCUACCGUUGGUCACUUCAGCUCCAGGGAAGGUUAUCAUUUUUGGUGAGCAUGCGGCGGUUUACAAUAGGGCAGCUAUUGCCGCCAGUGUGUCAUCGUUAAGAACAUAUCUUUUUGUUUCACAAUGUCAGGAUGAGGAAACUAUUGGUAUGGAGUUUCCAGAUAUUAAGUUUAGUUGUAAGUGGUCUCAUAAGGAGUUGAGUUCUAUCUCUAAGGAGGUGUUGAGUAAAUGUUUUCAUUCCAAGAACUUGCAGUCUGAGUUGACGGAAUUUUUGGAGCAACCGUUAUCGAAGUUGGAUGAUACAUUGACACGCCAUGCGGCGUUUUGCUUUCUAUACUUAUACAUGUGUUUAUGUCCUGAUAUGAAGGGGAUCAAAUUUAUUAUGAAGUCGACGUUGCCGAUUGGUGCUGGUCUUGGGUCUAGUGCGUCUGUAGCAGUGUGUUUAUCGUUGGCGAUGGCCAAGCUCGGGGGCCAUAUUGGCCAUGAAUCGAAUCGGCUAACAGCUGCAGAAAAAGCGUUUAUUAAUCAGUGGUCUCUCACGGGGGAGAAGUGUAUACAUGGGACUCCCUCUGGUAUUGAUAACGCAGUUGCGACGUACGGUAACGCAGUUCUUUUCCAACGGCAAAGUGAUGGUUCUACGAGGUUUGAACCGAUGAAAGACUUUCCGCAGAUCCCAAUGAUUUUGACGAACACCAAGAUUCCCAAAUCUACAAAGGUUUUGGUUGCAAAUGUGAGGAAGUUGGUAGAAAAGGAUCCUUUGAUUACUACGCCGAUACUAGAUGCCAUGGAGCAGAUUGCAAAAAAGGCCAGUAAAAUACUUCCAGCAGUUGACACUGACACUCUGCUGUAUGCGGAGUUGUUGGAGUUGGUUAGAAUAAACCAUGGACUCUUAGUUUCUCUUGGCGUGUCCCAUCCUGGUUUGGAAGCAGUAAAGUGUCUGAGUGAUAAUAUGAAAGUUGGGGCCACCAAGUUGACAGGUGCCGGUGGUGGUGGAUGUGCAUUGACUUUGUUAAAUAAAGAUAUUGAUUAUCAGGAAAUAGACCAAUUCAUAGACACGUUGUCUCAGCAAUAUGGAUACGAGUCUUUCUCUACUGACCUGGGUGGGUUCGGAUGCUGCUUCUUGUCUCGAGAAAGUAUGCAGUCACGUUUGGAAGAAAUAACAAGAUUAUUUGAAGAACCAUCUACAGAACAGCAACUAACUGAUAUGCUACUACCUGGUAACUCAUCUUUGAUGUGGAUACAUCAUUGA